CCCUGGCCGGGGCCCGGCGGAGCAGCAGCGCGCGGGACUGAAGCCCAAGUGAAUGGGGCGCCCCAACAACCCGGCGCCGGGGAUGCGGCUGCUCAGGCCACCAACAGUAAUUGGUCAGUUCCACACGCUUUUCUUUGGCUCAGUUCGAAUGUUUUUCCUUGGCGUUUUGGGCUUUGCAGUUUAUGGAAAUGAGGCCUUGCACUUCAGCUGUGAUCCAGAUAAGAGAGAGCUUAAUCUCUUCUGUUACAAUCAGUUCAGGCCAAUUACUCCUCAGGUAUUCUGGGCAUUACAGCUAGUGACUGUACUGGUACCUGGAGCAGUGUUUCAUCUUUAUGCAGCAUGUAAAACCAUCAAUCAGGAAGAUAUCCUCCAAAAGCCUAUCUACACUAUUUUUUAUAUCCUCACCGUUUUGUUAAGGGUUGUCCUUGAAGUUGUGUCUUUUUGGCUUCAGAGUCACCUCUUUGGUUUCCAGGUGAACCCAGUCUACAGGUGUGAUGCAGGAGCCCUCAAUAAAAAGUUUAAUAUUACCCGUUGCUUGGUGCCAGAACACUUUGAAAAGACAAUUUUCCUCAUUGCUAUGUACACAUUUACUGUGAUUACAGUGGUGUUGUGUGUUGCUGAGAUUUUUGAGAUUUUAUGUAGGAGGCUGGGUUUCUUAAACAAUCAGUGACCCUAUUUUCAUACUGAAUCAUUCCUCUUUAUCAUUCAUUCACACUUUUUUUGAAUAUGUACCACAGAGAUCUCAGCUUGAAACAUACCUUUCCUGUACACCUGGGUAAAUUUGUACAGGAACUAUAUCCUUUUAAAAUGCAAUAUAAGAACCAGAUUCAAAAGAAAAUGAUUAUUUUACUUGCAACUUAAUGGAAGAUGCUAUUUAAGUUUCCAUAUGGAUUUGGAACAAGUCUGUUUGCAAAUGGUGUGGUGCUUAUGUAAAUGAUCUCAUGAUUUACUUUUAGUUCAUUGAAAUCUAAUGUUUAUGAAGUGAGCUUCUGUGUUCAGGUAGUGCCUGACAUGAUACAUCAAAGUUCCCCAACUUUUCCCAAGAAGUUAUGCUGUUGCAGCCUGAAUCCUGAACAGCUACAUCCUUGGCCUCCCAUGAGACUCCUGACUGUGCUGUGGUUUUUAUGACAUGAAGCAAUGUCUGCAAAGAUAUUGUUUGCAAGAAACAUACUAUUUUGUGUAAUGCUAUAUGAAAAACUCUUUUUUAAAGCAAAUGAUAGGCACACAAUUACUUGUAUUGCUCUGACCACCCCUCCUCCACUUUGUAAUAUACCAAAAUAUAUAUGCAUGGGUCAUAUUUAUUUAUGAAAUAAAAGCUCAAGGGUACCACACUUGCCUCCAUUAUAUAGCAUAGAAUGAUUCAUAAAUAUUUAUUAUACUUUCAGUUACAGUGAUUUUAAUUUUUUUAAGACCCCCAUUGCUCUGGGCACAGGCACACCUUGAUUUCAAUGAGAAUUUUUUCUGAUGGAUUGAAGGACUGGGCCCUGAAGAUUCCUUUUAUUUAAUUUUUUGUCAGGCCAGUUCUGCAUUUCUAUCACAUUGCAUACAGUUGUUAAAUACAAAAAUCAGCACACCAAAGUGAUAAAGCUAUACCUUGAACUAAGUGGAUUUUGAGUUAUACCUUAGUUAUACCUUGAACUAAGUAUUCUUUAGAUCUAUUUAUAUAUCUUGUAUUCUCUUGCACACCAGUUUCCAUCUCAGAACUAAGGAAUAUCUUCAAAUGAAAAUUAAUCAUACUCCCUGGUUACGUGUGAGCUGACAGAAAGAUAGAUUUGGAAACUGGACAGAAAGAAGAGGUAGUUUCUGUUUUUUGAAUGUUUACAAUUAGAGUACUAAUAAUUUGGUAGAUGUUUUUGUUUGUUGAGUGGAAGAAAAAUAUCUUUGAUUUAUAAAAGUCAAGCUCUCUUUUGCCUGCUUCAUCAUGGUCCAUGACCAAUAGAUAAAACUCAGUCUUGUAUUUCAAUGUCAGAAAGAAUUAAAAUAUUCUUGAUGGAGACUCAAGAAAACAAAAGAUUUUCUAACUCAUUCUUUUGAAUGAAAGUGACUUGAUCCACUCACUGCCUAUUGAAGUGAGUGUUUUUUUGUUGACUUCUGUGGGCACUAGAUAAACCUACUGUGCUAAGAAUAAAAUUUGAGGUAGGAAAGCUUAACUUCUUUGAGAAGUGUAACGUAUUUUUAAAAUAACAUUUUAGCUAACAUUUAGUAUGAGCAGAUUAAAAGUUGCCAUUAAAGAUCCAGGGCCUUUCAAAGUUAAUUUACUGUUGAAAACUCUGAGGAGAAUCCCAAUACAGUAUACAUCUAGCCAUCUUGUUCAAAGCCUGUUCAUUUUACUCAUGUAAGCAGUCUCAACAGUUGCAGUUCUGCAAACUUUGUAGUCUUUACCCACACAGAAUAUCCUAUUCACUUCAGCAGAACUGCUCAGAUGAGUGUAGAAUUUGAUCUUUGCUGGACCUAUCUGGAUCCAAACUGUAUAGAGGUUAUGUAGUUCUUACUUUUUGAUGAGCUGGCUGAUGCUGACAUCCUAAAUUCUAAUGUGUUUACUGUGUAAUAGAUUUAAUGUUCUGAUUUUUUCCAUAGAAGUAAGUAAUGUUCCUCUUGUCCCUAAAACUAAACAAAUAUAUGUUUAGCUGACCAUGGAUAUAACUAUUUAUUUCUCAUUUUCAAGUAGCACAAGAGGAGAAAAAAUACCUGCCUUAAUUUGUUGAUUAUAUAUCAUGUGUUAUGGUCAGUACAUAGGUGCUUAGAUUUUGCUGUAUACAUCAAAUAUCCAUCCAGCUGUUUACAUAUAUGCAGGGACUGUUUUUUCAAAUUCAUUCUGUAAUCUCAGGUAUAAUAAACCUUUUAUGUACAAAAUGCAACAUGUAAUUUAUGUUGAAGUUACAAUUUAUUUGUACUAACUACAGAGCUGUUCAACCAUAUUCCAAUCACAUUUAAUGAGAUACUGGGAUGUUUGUAGAGCAAAAUAAAUAAAUAUAAAAAGA